UGAUAACACCACCAAAGUGUAUGCUCGUGGGCAGAAGCGAUGGAAGGUUCUUCCUGCCCAACCCAUUGCCUCUCCUUCUCUACUGCUAUGGAGGCGCUAAUUCUCCGAGGCCAAGUAGGAAUGGUGUUCCGAGAUGCAAUUUGCGGAUGGGGAGCUUGUCAGCAACGACAAGCUCCUGCUGUACAUUGAUACGAAAAUCAUCAGUCGGUCGCCCGAAGGAGCGAGGGGAAAGAAGAGAGCUCGUACGGACGACAGUGGGGAUUCUGUCAUUCCCACCAUUUCAGAAAGGACGGUGGAAGCGGAGGUGUCCGCUAUCAUGAGUCUCUGGAACUUUCAGCACAGCAGCCCGUCAUGCCCGGUCAAGGAGCCCCCUGUGCGAAGUGAGGCUCUGAAGAUAUUGCUUAGGUCAAACCUAGCUAGGGAGGCCUCUAGGAAGAAAGAAGAGUUCAAGGACCGCGCGCUUGGCACCCUUCAGGAUGGCUAUAACACGGAUCAGAUGGCCGAUAUCAUACGCCUCUGCUGGGAGGGAUGGGAGGCUGACGAUCCUAAGCGAUUGUUGCCAGUAAGCAUAGAGUCGCAUCUCCGAACGGCGGUGGAUUUCUUGUUCUGCCACACCAUGCUGCUCAGAGGAGAGAACAUUCGCGCAGCUCAAUUACCCACACGGUUGUUGAAAAGUUCCGUCAUUUUCUUUCUGCGUAUUGGAAAGAGGCUUACUCUAAAGAUCGCCUUUAGCUUUAAGCAGGAUGACAACGGUCAUGACUCAUCACCAGCAAGAAGGGGUGAGAAACGAGGACGCGUGUCCGCCACAACAACAAUGCUCGCCGAACGUGAUGCAUAUAUUGCUGCGGAAGAGGACGUGACCGGGCGUCCAGCUGCCUGGAACACGGUGUAUGAGCUAAUGGCAUUAUAAGUUCAGAGAACCCCAUAUUGACUGACUGGUUGACCAUGUGAAGAAGGGUGGGAGACUCGAGAGCCACAACGAUGUUCCUCGCGAUAUUCGUUGAGAUUUGAUUCUGGAAAGUCACACUGGAAGAAAAGCUAAGAAAGUAAAAUC